GGGCAAAGCACCCCAGUCGGCAAGUCGCCGACGACUUGACGUGGGGAACACAAAAUAACGCGGGCAGCGCCACGCCAAGCGCGUUCCUGCCGGGGGGCGGACACAGAGACAGAGAGCGGAAGGAGACCGGAAGGGAAAGAGAUGAGCUCCUCCUCCUCGGCGUCGGCCGUGCCGCCGGAGGACGACGUCUGCUCCGUCUGCCACGACCGCUUCCGGAUCCCGUGCCAGGCGAACUGCUCCCAUUGGUUUUGUGGAGAGUGCAUCAUCCGUGUUUGGCAUCAUGGCCCUGCUGUACAUGCUUGCAAGUGUCCCAUUUGUCGCCGCCUUAUAAAUCUGCUAGUGCCUGCUGCUUUAUCAGAGCAGGAGGAUGAUCCACAAGCUCACCGUAUUUUAGGAGAGAUUCAACACUAUAACUGUAUAUUUGGUGGAGCACCACGCAGCCUGACUCAGAGGUUGCAAGACCUACCCUUCUUCAUUCGAAGACUGUUCAGAGAACUAAUGGAUCCCCAGCGAACUCUCCCACUUGUGUUCAGGGCACGGAUGAUGAUGAUGGUCGCAUUGAGUGCAAUUUAUGUGCUGAGCCCUGUCGACAUUCUUCCUGAAAGUAUGCUGGGGCUCCUUGGAUUCGUUGAUGACCUGCUCAUCCUGCUGAUCGUGUUCCUCCACCUUGCCGCUGUUUACCGGUCAUUGCUCCUAUACCGCCACGGCGGCCAGUAGAAGCUACAGUGCAUAACUCGAAUGCUUAGCUGGUUUCCAUGUGGAGUUUUCUGAGAUUGCAGCGGAUUUGGAAGAUUGCUAAGAUGACGAUGUGAAGGCCGGACGGCAUAGCCUGUCUGUACUAUUCUACUAUGCCUGUUUCCUGACAGUGACACGGUGAACUUUGGUUGGUUGAUGCAAGUGAACUUCCCUUCGUUUUCGUCGCAAAAAGCUGAAAGAAUUUGCCUUCGUUUGUUGGGCUUACUGUACAUAGAGUUAGACUACACUUGUCAUUUUCAUUUUUGCUUCCUUUCCCUUGGAAGUUGGAAUUGGAACCGAUGUUUGUAUUUCAGUAAGAGCAUAAUUCUUUCAAUGCUCUCUUACCCAAUAUAAUGUUUAGCUAUUUUGUAAAAUA